GAAUUGUGAAGAUGAGCAUUUUGGUGAAUGACUCCCUGGAAACUCUUUGGUCAAAUGAAUGGACAAGAAGAAGCAUUGUAAUAUGCAUUGGAUUUGGGAUCAUUAUUUCUGUUAGAAAAUUCUUCGAAAACAGAAAAUUGGCUAAGUUAAGAGCUGAUUGGAACGCUGUGGGCAAGGAUGUUGUGGUUCUUCAUCAAUUUUGGCGUGGCAGAUAUUGCCCCAAUAUGAGUCCUUAUGUUUUGAAAGUGGAAUGUUUUAUGCGUUUGGCUGGAAUCAAGUAUGUUACUGACAUCCAGAAGCCUUUUGGAGCAAGAGGAUUGUGCCCUUGGAUCACUCUGAAUGGAGAAGACAUUGAGGAUUCCCAGCAUAUAGUUGAACGUUUGACGGAGCACUUCAAUGUCAAACUUGAUGAUCAUCUCACGCCAGAGAGGAAGGCAACUCUUGAAGCUAUAAGAAUCAUGUUGGAAGAGCACAUGUUCUGGAUUUUGUUCAUGUACAGGUAUUACCAUACAAACUGCAAGAUAUUUAAGAAAACACAAGUAUUCCCAACCUGGUUUCUGCAUUACUUUUUCCCAACAUAUCUCUACUACCACUCACAAAAGCGAGGAAGAGCACAAGGUAUUGCCCGACAUACAUUCGCGGAACAGGUCAAGAUGACUGAGAAAAAUAUUGAAAUCCUUAAUACACUUCUUGGUGAUGGUCAAUAUUUUGGUGGUGACAAACCCUGUUCCACUGACUGCAUUGUUUUUGGAUUUUUGGCUCAGGGCAUGUGGAAUGACACAGACUCACCCUUUGAGACACUUAUCAAAGUUACAUAUCCAAAACUAGCCGCUUACUGCAUCAGGAUGAAGGAGCAUAUAUAUCCUGACUGGAAGAAGCUGUUAUAUCCACCUCAAGAGUAAAGGUGUUCAGGUCUUGGUACAGCUCACCUAUUCUAAAUAUUGUUUUCAACAAUACAUAAAACUGCCUUGUAAUUGUAGUUGGCAUCUUGAAGGAUCAAAGUAAUUAGAUAUAAAAAAUGUUGAAUAGAUAUAAAAUUGUAGAUUGUACAGGUUAAAUGCAACAUUUCUAAGAUUGUUCAAUGCCAUUGUGAUUUGGGGACUCAAUAAAAAUAGUAUGUG